AUGGGUGGCUUUUAUAUGGCAUAUCUGGAGAGUUUGUGUCGACGCCGAGGCUGGCGUAAUCCCAUGUACGAGACGUACAAGAGUUCGUCGGGCUUUACCUGCCUAGUCCUCGUCAAUGGUCGGGAAUAUCAGACAGAUCUCGCGUACGAAUCCGAUGGGCUGGCUCAGGAGAACGCGGCAAUGCGAGCGUUUAUGGUAUGCCGUAACUUUUCAGUCAAUGGAGGCAUGCUGGCACGUAAUGGCGUUGUCCAGGGACUGCCCGCCAAUGAGAGCAGUGGCCGACACAAGAGAAGAGGAGGCGGCCGCAGCCAUUCUGUCAAUGUCAGCAGCAGCAGUUCCACAACAUCUUCCGAAUAA